GCGCUUCCCGGAGUUUUUUUUUUUUGUUUUGACGUCGAAAGGAUCAUCUCCGGCGACGAGUGUGUUUUGGUGCGUGGUGAUAUUAUUCGCGCGGGUUGCUUCGUCGUCGCCAACCCGCCCUCUCGCCGGUCGUCAUACAAGUGCGCGAGAGAAAUACGAAGGGAGAGUUCUUGGUUGGUUUUUUCGUGUUUCCGCUCUUUCUCCGCGCCACCCGGCCCGAAACCACCAUCGCCGGAUGACGGCGCGUGUACGUGGUGCGUGCGGCACGGUAGUACCUGUGUCUACGACGGCAAGCGGCAUAGUCGACGAGGUGCGUUCCGUGCCGCCUGAUGUCUACGCAUCGUCUUCGUCGCGCGGAGACAGCAGCACAGCAGCAGCGGCCCGCCACCAUCGUGUCCACCCCUUCCUCCAGCGGCAAUACCACCCUUCCUAGGUCCUAUGGUAGUCACACCUUAUCGAUCCCAGCGACGAACAGUGGCUCGUUCAGCCCCGAGGGAAUAAAGUAUUUCAAAAAGGGACUCGAGGUAACGUUGAGUGACACCAAGAAGAGAUACCUCGACAAGGUGACUGCACUCCUGGCAGCCUGGGAGAAUGUCACCAAUUAUAUUCCUAGGGCGCCGUCCGAGGUCAUCCAGUCGCUCAUAGAAUGGGCUCACAGACACACGUUGACACUGAUAUUGCGCGGGGAGUGGCCGAAGUUGCCACCCGCUGCCAAAACGCACUUCUCACACACGCUGCAGAAGUGUUCGGCCACGUUGGAGUGUUCGUCUCAGCUGCAGGUGCAACACCCCGCCGCAUCCAGGUGUGCUACUCUGCUGGCUCUGGCGAACAAUGGACCAUGGACGCAUCCUGUUCUCGAAAGUAUACUCAACGGCCAACCGGAUUCCGAACAUGAAGAGGAAUUCUGUUGUUCGGAGAAAGGCGAGCUGCUGACAAUGAGACUGAAGAUACUCUGCGAGGACCGCUGCGAGGACAUAGCGGUGAACCUCGCCGCUGCGUGUGUACGCUCCCUCAGAAGAAGCGAUCAGCUGCGGUCGCUCUCGGAGUCUCAUCACGUCCACUACAUGAUUGACGUGUAUAUUGUCCUCCUGUACAAAUUGAAACGCACGCAAGAUAUUUUCGCUCAACUAAAAUUAAUGGACCUCAACGAUGGGCUUGAAUUGGUCCAAAGGCUCAGCGGUGAGAAGCCAACGAAGUAUGGUACGGCGCGUGUUUGGAGAAAUUCGAUAAAGGCCGCGGAAUUGGUCGCGCAGUAUCUCGUUACAGCCGGCAUGGUUCGACCGGUAUCGGAAACCGGCGCGAACAUUUUGGAGCAGAUCCUGAAUUCUUGGGCGAUGUUGCACUCAAAAUUAAAGGAUGUCGCGCUCACCCUACCCGGCAUGAUUAGGAAAUUAAUCGAACCCGCGGAAAGUGCUCAACAUAUUUAUAUCUUCUGCGCAGUACUUGCGAAACAUUUCGGUGAGAGCGUGAAACCUUUGGUAAUCGAAUUGUACAUUAGAGCGCUGACGACGGACAUGAACGAACUAGAAAGUCAGAAAGCGAAGUCGGAUAAGGACAAGGUGCGCGAGACCGCCAAACGUCUGAGUGUGCAGUUCCUCAAAUUAGCGGAUGUAGUGGACACCAAUGUAGGCAUCGCGAGGGAGUGCGUACUGACAGCAUUCUCCUUACAUCCCACCAGAGCUUGUUACGACAGAAUAAAGGAAUUGGCAAUAGCGUGCGGGAAAGCGAAAGAGAAUGAUGUUUCGCAAGAGGAGGAAAAUAUUAUCAAGGAAAAGUCUCUGAAAAAUGAAGAAGUGAGUGACAACACGAAGGAAGAUGACGGUUUGCAAAAGGAGUUAUCUGUGAAGGAAGAAGCGUUGAAGCCAACUAUUGAAGAAGAGACAAUUAUUAAGAAAGAGACGCCUAUCAAGAAAGAGCCUACGAAAGAGGUCAGGGAAGAGAAUGAUCAUCUUCUCACGUCGACAUUGAAAACCGAGGCUGAUGUGAAAACUGAAAUUGAAGUGGUAACUGACGUCAAAAUGAAGAAGAAUGAUAUUAAAACUGAGAUAAUAAAAGAUGAUGUCAUUGCUGAGACGUCUUUGGUACAAGGUGAUUUUAAAACGGAGAUCGAGGUAGAAACCGAGAUUUGUGGUAAAAUGGAGAUCGUUGAAACUGAAACGAAAGAGAAUCCCAAUAGCGCCGAGACGUCCUUAGCUCCGAGUUUCACAAUUUCAGAGAUGCGAUUAGAGUCUCAAGAAAAUUCGAGCGCAGAAAACAACAAAGAGCAAAAUUCUCAAAUGGCAAAAACGACGUUUGAACGAACGAAUCAAUUGCUAAAGAGCUUGCUGACGAGGAAAUCUGACACGACGAAAUCAUCGGCAAACGAAAGAUGUUCGUUACAUACGAGUCACGAUCAGUCGCUCGACAAACUCUUCAAUUGCGGCGAGUUUACCAACAGUAAUCAAAUGAACGACGAUAAAUCGCGAUUGGAUGAUGCUAAUACGACUGGCAGCAAUGUAGAGAGAACGUUAGACGCGCUGAUUCUAAUCAAAGGCGAUGCAGUGACAGGCUCGGCCAAUUACGAUGAGAAAACAGCGCCCAGUCAAAUACUGGACGGCGAGAAACUGGGUUUGUCACCGCAACUGUGCGACGAUCUGGCUGUAGUAUUAAGCAGUCCGCGUUACCAUAUGCUUAGCUGGGUAUUGGACUGGAAGGAAUUAAAAAAUCUGUGCGAGCGAUAUCUGGAAAAUGCCGAAGAAAUGCGCAAUACGAACAAGGAGCUCAAGUACCUGAACAUUGACUACUCGCAGUUUAAAGACUGGCCAUCAGAAGAUGACACCAAGGAUAUCUUUUUUGGCAUCGAAAAGGGCUAUGAACAAUGGGCGGAUCUGCCAUCUGAUAGUUCGGAGCAGUUCGGCAGUUUUCAACCGGCAGCCGGCUACAAGCGUUUAUCCGCGCGCCGUAGUUUAGACGACACCACAACUGACAGCGACAGCGGCAGUGUGUUGCGCGUGCGGCGCAGUGCCCGCGCGCGUAAAAUCCAUCGGUUAGAAUCGUCCGAGAGCGAUUACGACAGCGCCGAACCGAAGCCAAAGCACUUUAGGAAUAGAAUCAGUUCGGUGUCGGACAGCGAUAGCAACACCCAGGACAGUCAGACCGAUAGUUUGGGUAGCGACGGGUGCCGGUUGGAAGUCAAGAAAAAAUCCAACAAAUCAAGCAGCAAAGAAUCCAGUAAGAAACGACCAAAAGCGUCGAAGCUCACUGUCGACUCUGUUUCGCAUUUCCAGAUGCUUGUAGGUGAAGACACGGGGCAUUUAAAUGCCCACGAGGACGCCAGUGGAUCAGAUGCGAGCAGCAACGAUUUUAUCACGCUCUUUCCUCCAGACAUGGAUGAGAACAAACGGGAAACGAUCAAGGGCUCGGCUUACACAGCUGCGGCGCCAUUACUAAUAAGCGGGAGACGGAGCGAUCCGACUGUGCUUAAGAAUCUCAGGAUGUUCAGGAAACAGAAUUCGCAAACUCUGAAGAAAAAUUUGUUGAACAAAAAGAAGAGCACUAACAACGGAAGUCGGGCAGAUGCGGAGCAACAAGCAACGAACGAGAUUGCCAAGUAUAUACCGAAUCUAAACCUAAAUCUAAAUGCGCUUAAUCUAAAUCCGAGAAUAGUGCUAACGCGCACGGACGAAAUUGAUCGCAAGCUGGCGAACCGCGUCAAAAAGCCGCAACAGAUGCUGAGCAGCGGCGACAUUACCAGCGAACUGAUUAAUAUACAGAAAACAAUGCCGUUUUCGCCAAACAAGAGCGUGAUAACGUAUCAGAAGAAGCAAAAGGAGCGGGUUACAAGCGGCAAGAGCAACGGCGCUGGCGGCAAAAAGGAUCUGGACUGUUCCGUGGUCAACAGUCAUCGCAAUCGUCACAAUCACCGUCACAGCCAUCUCGGCUCUGUCAAAUCCAACUUGGGUAAGACCAAGUUCGAUAUUCUAGCUGACAUGAGACAUUCCGAUAUAUUAGCUAAGAACGUUCCGGGUUUGAACUCGUUGGACAUGAUGGUUCCACCGCGGCAACGUUCCACAGUAAACGUCGUGCAGCUCUCUAGGAGUGGCGUGCCACAGAGUCCAAGCUCUGCCACAGGCACGGCGACGACAAUCAACGUCAGUGGCAACACGCCACCGCGGCCGACACGUACUCCGAGCGUAGCCAGUAGUCAGAGUGGCAGCGGCGGUAAUAACAGUAUACAACUGCCAGGCACGCCAUCGUCAACAGGCGGCCACGAUAGCGGCGUUGGUCUGAGUCCAGCUGGCCAGACACCACCACCGAGAUCGUCUUCUUCGAAUCUCGGUACACCGGAUACCAUCGGUGAAGAAGCCAAUCAGCCGCCGGAUGCCGCGUCGCCGACUAUUGGUUCGACAAUUCCAACAACGACGAUGACUGUCAACAACGCUACCUCGGUGGUGCAGCACCAGCUUGACGCCAGUGUCGUUGUCGAGACAUCCAGUCCGGCGCGAACAUUGGUGCAAAUGCGACGCAUGAACAGCCAAAAUAAUCAAUCGCCGAAAAAGUCACCCUCAUCACCCUGCUCCACGACCGUGAUCACUACUGCAACAACGACGACAAUUACAACAACUCUGGGAGGUGUGGUCACGACGCCUAUUUCGGCGGAACAAUUAAAAGUUAUCUGCAAGCCAGGCAGCAGUUACAUCGCGUCGAUUAAUUCCAAUCAGAUCGCAUCCAAUCAGAGAAACAUAUUGAGCUUGCAGAAUUUAGACAACGGUGCGAGCUUUGUGCGACAGACGACGCAGCAGCAACGUGCUAGCAACGUGACUGGUAAUGCGCCGUCUAACAGAAAUACUUACAGUCGAUUAACCGAUGCCACCGUGAAGGGCUCUUCGCAAUCCACCCAGAACGCCCAAGUUUUGCCCAAGUUCCAGCAGGCUUUCCGCAAGACAUCGAUUUACACUUUGUCAACGGACGCGGUUGCGAGCGGCGUCGCUGGCACCCCAGCAGAUACGCCGCUCGGUGAAGUCCAACAAACACCACCGGUGGCGGUGGUGUCUCCGCAAAAAGUAACAACAAAUCUGUCGAAAGCGGUACAGACGUCUGUGCCUAACACUCAACAACAACCGCAGCAGCAACAACAGCUGAACGCCACUGUCAAUGUGCAAUCGAUCGGUCCCAAUCUGCAAUUAUCUACGGGAAGACAGGUUGUUAACGCUGUGCCAAGCUCCAAUAAUAACAGUCCGGCGAAUACUGCCGUUAGUCCGAACCAACAGACCGCCAAUCAGACGUUAACGCAACUCGUGCAAAACGUCAGUUCGUCAAAUACCGGCGUCAUCUACACGCAGAAGGUGAUAGCCGGCAAUAAUUCGAAUCAGGCAAUAAAUCUCAUACCGGCCAUAUCGCAUGCCAACUCGGUACCGGGUGGUAGAGCUCCAGUAGUUAAGCUGAAUAUUAUUCGCGCACCAAUCAGACAUAAUGUACAGGCCAUUCAAGCUGUCUUGACACCGAGGUUACAGCAACAGCAGCAACAACAGCGACAGCCGCAGCCGCAACCGCAGCCGCAGCCGCAGCCGCAGCAGCAGCAACAAACAGUAAGAACGGACAAUUUAAUUGGUUCUCCGAUCGAGGUGAAUAAUCAAGUGAGCUCGACAACACUGGAGCAGCUGCGAGAGUUUGAAAGUGUGUUGGAACAAGUUAAAGAAAGAAGCAUUCAGCCGCAGGCCCAUAAGUCAAACAGCGCGACCACGACAGCCGUGCAAACGCAGACCACACCGCAACAGACUCAAGCGACCAAACAACAGCAACAACUAUCUAUCAGUGCUUUAGCGCAACAGUUGAUGAUGUCGCAACCGAACUCUAACAGCGAACCGUUCGCCAGCAACGGCAAUACCGGCAGAACAUUUCAACAAGAAACUGUAUUCCCGCAGAAAAUCUCCCUGGCCUAUGUGAAUCCGAGCAGUGGCACCGUUACCGCCAAGGUAGUGGCUAAUUCUAAAGCGCCGGUGGUAGUGGUCACCAGUUAUUGUCAACCAGCGGCGUCGCCAGCGUUGAGCGUUACGUCGCAGAGCUCGUCGAGCCCAUGCGUGACGCCAGGUCCGGCGCCGAUCCCGUCAACCGGCAAAACACCACCGUCUACGGCGGCUACACCAGGUGGCAAAACCAGCGCAAAGAAAUCGACACCUAAGGCAGUUAAAAACAGUUCUACCAACACGUCCAAGACAUCGCCUACAGUGCCGAAACCAACGCAACAGAAGCCGCAAGAGGAUGAACAAACCGCUCAACGAAUCUACGCAAUUCUCGACGAGUACGCGGAGCAGCUGAGAAACUCACCGGAUCUCAAUAACAAACCGGCGCCUCGAAGAAGAUCCAAUCCGCCAACUAAUCCAAGUCAGCCAUCGAAAAGAAAGAAAUCCAACUCGAGCAAAAAGUCAAUGGGGCAGCAAUCUUCCGAACUGAGUCCCAGUAUGGAGGAUCUCGGCAGGACAAUGGGCAGCGAGGAUUCGUCUAGUGGUGUUUUACACGUACAGGAUAGUCCAGCCGGAUUUUCUGCACCGGAAGAGCCGUCGGUGAACGUUAAUGCCAGUAAUGUUGCCGCGGAAGUCGAAGUACGUAAUCUGAGCGAUUCAAACGAUGGUGUUGAGUUCGUGAAGCGACGCAAUCUUAUUUUCACGGACUCCAGCACGGGUCAACCACGCACGUUAAUUGUUCAGGAAGCGCUGCAACCUGGCGUAACCGUCAGUGAGGCACUUGCUUCGGUUACGAGCAAAGUGACCGGCACGUCUGUGCUAAUGCCAACCAGCAUUGUAUUGCCGUUAGUGAAAGGUACUCAGCAGUUCACUAUCGUAUCCGGAGCCGUGUCGAAGCUGGUAACUAUGCCGACGACUGUGCGCACCGCCGGUGGUAAUGCCACGGUUUCCAACACUCUUGUGCUACAAUCUUUCCUUAAUCAGAACACCAAAUUGAUCUCUGCGCAGCAACCGAUGAAACAAAUGAAGGUGCAGCCUAAUCUGCAGACGCUGUCGAACAACAAUCAGACGCUGACCAGCACGCAGAACGUUCAGAACGCGUCCAUCCCUCAGACCGGAAGCACGCAGUUCACUGCGGAAACAUCGACAGUGACAACCGCGACGCAGAACAAACCCAUUGUAAUCAGUGAUAUAACUUUGAAGAACGAUGCCGUAGCUAGCAACUGUGGCAGCAGCAACGUCGAAUCAGCGACGACGAACACGGCUAUCGUUGUAAACAAGAGCAACUCGACCGUUAGCCUAAUAGAAGCCCGAAACAUCAACGAGAUAUGCGACGGUCAGCAGAUAUGUGGCGUCAUCACUAGCAAUCCCGCGCUGCAAAACACGGCAAGAAUCUUCAAUUCGAAUAUACACAAACUGUCGUCGACCAACUUGAAAACGGACAAUAUGGUUUGCAUCACGCCGGCUAUAACGGAGAAGAAAUCGUCUCAAGAUAGUCAGAUUCACACGGAAAAGUCAGUGUCCAUACAAUCAGGCGCCACGAUUGCGCUAGCGUUUGCUUCGCAGACCGAUGUGAACGCUAUGCUGAACGACGCUGCUCAGCAACAGCAAAAAGACACAAAGGAAGCGUCUACCGAAAUAACAACUGGCGCCAAGAUCAUUUCUCCGAAGAUGGUGAAGAGAAAAUUCGACGACACCACCGGCAUACAGGAAGACAUGUCGCCAAGAACUCUGAUUACCACGAAUAUUGCUACGUCGUUACAGAGCAAUACAAAAAUUGAGUCUUUGUCUUCUAUUACUUCGAACAAGCAGUCGAGUGUCAUUGAUAGCACGGCGCAGUUCUUGGUGACCGGCGGACCGAGCAGUUCGGACAGUCAAGAGUCAGCUAUGCAACCGUCUACUGAAACGCUUGAUGGAACCUGCAAGAUUGGAAAUGGACUAUUGUACGAAAAUGCGCGUUUGCAGGAAGCCUGGGAUUCGGAAGGCAAGAUUUCGCCUGACACACCAUGGAGAUAUGUUCCUACGUCGAUAAACACACUGAGCGAUGAUUCCUUGAAAGCGUAUUCUAGGGACAGUGACAAUUCGGAGAGCGUGCUGCAGAUCAAGAACCAAAGCAUUGACAUGGCGAGCGGACAGACUUUCCAGUCGAACAAAAAGUACUUUGUUAAUCAUCUGAGUCUGAUGAAGUCGCAGUUGAUUCCCAAAUUGGAGCGUGAGCUGAUACAGCAGCAAAGAGCGGAGAAGAAAGCCGCGGCGUAUGAGCGUGAGCUCAAGAUGCAGAAAAGCUUGUCGGAAGAGUGCGAGAACUUGGGAAUCGACGAGCCUAGCACUAGCGAUCUGUUUCCCGAGGCGGAUUUAUUAUUUGACACGAAUCAUUCGCCAUCGUUCGAUCAAUCCUCGCAGGAUGCGUCCUGUAGCCAGCCUCUAGGCAUGAAAUCGUACAACAGUACGUACUUUCGAUCAUUGGAUUCGUCAAGUGGUAGCAGAGACGCCAGUCCUACGAGCGAUUUCAAGACCACCGAACGCAAGAAGAGUACAAGCCAGCGCACGAGAGUUUUGAAGGACUCGUUAAAGAGAGGAAAGCGAGAGAAAGAAUUUGAUACUCCGUCAAAACACAUGCGACUGACUCUGGACAGCCUGAGCCAAGACGAAGCGUCGAAUAGCAAUUCCGAUAUGUCCAGGUUGUCACCAACAAAUCUUGUCUCACUGGAAAACGAUUCAUCGAAGGAUAUGGGCAGUCAUCGUGUCAAGCUAGUGUCGAGAAGUGGUUCGAAAGAGGGUACACCUAGCAGCGCAUCCAGUAUACCGUGCAACAUAAAACUGGACAUCGAUUUAGACUCGGAAUCGCUGCCGCCCACUAUUAACGUCAACAAUGCCUCGAUGAUCAGUUCAGGAGACGAGAGCCUGACUCUCUUGAGCAGCAAUGCUGUAGAUCAUCAUACAAUAUCGUCGCCAUUGUCCCCGCUGGGCGUAGCUGGACCGCUUCUGUCCACGCACAAAUACACGUACACCAACAAGAAGCGCAUGCCGUCAUCAAAAGUGCACAUGGAUUCGUACAUGUGGGAUAGCCCCAUGUCCGAGCGCAUGAGGUUCAGCAGCGACGACGAGGACUCGAGCAUCAGCGAGUCGUUAGGCAGCCAAACAGAGGACAAUGUCGCAUUAAGCAAUGGCCUGGACGAUAGUGUGCAAACGUUAAAAUCCUUGUCCUCCGAUCGUAACUGCACUUAUGUAAAAAGAAAAGAAAAGCUGGUCAACGCAAGAGUGGUGUUGAAUCGCGCCGAUCACAAGACUGCGACGAUAGCACUUUCCAAACGGAUUCCCAAGACCGCGGCCGAGUCGAUACCCACAACGGAAUCGAUGGUGAUGUCGAAUGACAAGGUGUCCGAAGCGUCGGAAGACGAGACGAAUACUAUGCUGACAUUGGAACCGGCGGAUUGCCGCGCCAGGAGAUCCAGUUUGCGCGGUCACGUGAAAAAGGGCUGCACGUGCUGCAACGGCUCGCCGGAGCGACUGAAGAAGAAACCAACGACGGUCAAGUCGACGGAUCACAAGCUGAAGAAGCGUCCGCCAUCGAAGCAACCUGGCAAGAAAAGGUAGUCUUAGCAAUCGAACGCUCGCGCGAAUACCGCAAUGUGUUACUAUAUCAUUAGUCGCUUUCGUGGCUUUCGAAGCGACAGAGCGGCGCAGGCGUUUCAGUGCGAUCGAAACAGAAUACGAUUCAUACAGUAUCUUAAACGAUCUUAAAUUACCGAUUGAAAAAUCCGUAGCGGGUGAUGGCAUUGUAAAUAUUAACUACAAGCGCUUGGACGCGAAUUCCGUGAUUUAAAGCUGUUGGAACAUUUAACGCUUGCGCCACCGCAGAUUCAGUCGAGCGAGCGAGAGGGAGAAAGAGAGAGAGAGAGAGAGAGAGAGAGAGAGAGAGAGAGAGAGAGAGAGAAAGGAGAGAGAGAGAGAGAGAGAGAGAUAAUUCGUGAAUUUAAAUACUGACGAAUAAAUAUAUAAUCCAUUUCACGUUGAUAUGCGUGUUUGCGUGUACAUGCGAAUGGAUACAUGUGUGAGUGUAUGCGUUAGGAAACGAGAUGACGAGAGAGUACAAGAGAGAGGCGAGUACUGUUUAUUAAUUAGAAUUCUCGAGUCGAUACCACAGUAGUAGAUCAUCAAUCCUUCUACCAUUAGGUGUUAACGAUAUUAGAUUGUGUAAGGUACAGAUCGUUUAUGUAAUGGCAAACUUAGAUUUUGAAUUGUUAAGAAUCGUUUAGUAAACGCAAUCUUCUAGUCAAGUCGAUAAAAUUUUGCAGCGAGGAACAGUUGAGUGAGAGAGAGAGAAAGAGAGAGAGAGAGAGAGAGAGAGAGAGAGAGAGAGAGGGAGAGAGAAGAGAAGCAUAUUAAGAUAAACAAAUAACAGAGAUAAGCAAAACCACAAUUAACGAUCAAUGAUAAAAAGAUCCCUCGCAGAGUUAAAGAGAAGAGAGCCUGAAUUUAUAUAAUUCAACUUUACCAGCAUAAUAUAUACAGUAUAUUGUGCUGAAGAGAUAUUCCACGUUGUAACAUGGUGUGGUCAGACUGAAUAGACAAAUAAUAAUAGAAAUCCUCUUUGAAAAAAAGAAAAAAAAACAAUUUAGGAUAUAGUGAACGGGGAUGUGUGCAGUCUCUUUGGAAUUCAUCGUCUUUGCCUUUCGUGUAAUGCUUAUAUAUCUCUGUAUCUAUAUAUAAUAACUCUAACUUUGUAAGAGAAAAGAAAAGAAACAAUUGUUGCUGUGAAUUCUCGGCAUAUUCUCUUCAGACGAUCCUUCUACCAAAAAAAUGAGAGGGAGUUGAAACAAACACAACUGCAUACAUUAUAGAGACAUAUUAAGAAAGAGACAAGACAGAGUAGCAAUAAGCACGUUCUACGGAUUAUUCUAAUAGCUAUCUGUUGUACGGCCCGACCAUACCUUGUCAUGGUGCAUGUAAAAAUCCACGAUUGUACAUUUGCGUAGAUAAUUCAUUAUAUAAAAAAAAAAAAA